ACCAAAAAGGAGAAAACCAGGAAUCAAAAUGAGUUUGCUGGCGACACGCUGCAGGUUGGCCGUAUUUGCCAAAGUGAAUAUCCUGUUGUCUUUGAAGAAAUCCUGCGUGUUGACUUCAGCGUGUAGCUCUACAGCCCAAACAAGGUGGAGGAGAAGUCAGAAGAAGCCUUCCUGGGAUGAAGGUAAUGUGUCCUGGGAGGAAAGGUUGUCUGAUGCAAUCACCCCUCUGUGGAGGCUGAGCUACGAGCAGCAGCUUAAAGUCAAACUAAAGCAUCAGGAGAGGAUCAUGUCUCAUCUUUCGAUGCAGCUUUCAGAGGAGUUCCCUUCAUCAUCACCUGCAGGUAAACUCCGCUUCCCUGUCCUGCCUGUUCUCCCUUCCCCGGUUAGGAAUGGCUACCGCAAUAAAUCCACAUUUUCUGUCAACAAAGGAGUGGAUGGAAAUCCAAAGACAGUUGGGUUUUAUGUUGGAACGGGCAAGGAGGGAAACAUUGUCUGCAUCAACGGAGACCACCUGCUGAACAUCCCGGAGAAGCACAAACUGGUGGCCAGGUGCUAUCAGGACUUCCUGCGUAGGUCUCCUUUGGACCCCUGCCUGCUUUUUCACGAUAGGGGUCACUGGAGAGAGGUCACAGUGAGGACCAAUGCACAGGGCCACACCAUGGUGAUAGUGUACUUUCACCCACAGACACUAAGUCCUGACGAGGUGGCUGUCCAUAAGGCUGAGCUGGUGGAUUAUUUCACACAGGGGCCCGGAUCGGUCUGCAAACUGGACUCCUUGUUUUUCCAGGAAAGUUCCAUGACUCGCUGCACACAUGAAGCAUCCCCCUACCAGCUUCUGCACGGUCAGCCUUACAUAUAUGAGGAGGUGCUGGGAUUCAAGUUCCGCAUCUCGGCUGAUGCAUUUUUCCAGGUGAACCAGACAGCAGCUGAGGUUCUGUACGGCACAGUGAGGGACCUCUGCUUCCCAAACAUCAAGCAGGAAGAACAACAGUCACAAAGUGGAGACACUCUUCUGGACGUGUGCUGUGGCACAGGGGCCAUCGGCAUCAUUUUAUCUCCCAGAGUGGACAGAGUUCUCGGCAUUGAGCUCAUCGAACAGGCGGUGAAAGAUGCCGUUCACAACGCGGUUCUUAACAACGUACAGAACUGUGAGUUCUUCCCCGGUAAGGCAGAGGUGGAGCUUCCUAGGCUGAUGUUUCAGCUGAGUUCUGCCGGUGGAGGCCUCACGGCUGUGGUCAACCCAUCUCGAGCUGGCCUCCACCACAAAGUGAUCAGAGCGCUGCGAAACCAACCUGCCAUCCGCAGGCUGGUCUACGUUUCCUGUAAACCUGAUGGAGAGGCUAUGAGGAACUUCAGGGAACUUUGUUGUGCUCCUAACCCACUGAAGAAGCUCACAGGAGAUGCCUUUUCUCCCACUCUGGCUGUUCCUGUGGACAUGUUCCCACACACUUCACACUGUGAAGUGGUGCUUCUUUUUGAGAGGUAGCAAAUACAUUUUGUACAAAUGGGAGUUUUACAACUGGCAAUAUAAGCUGUAAUAAAAUUAGAAUUUAAGAGGUGUUAUAGUUCAUAGGGUUACCUAAACAAAUCACCUGGGAAGUGCAGAUACACAAAUAAAAACAAACAAGCUCAACUUGAUACAAAUACCUGCCUAUGAUAUUACAUAACAUGAGAAUGAUAAUAAAACCUACUUGAACUUAAACUUGAACAUGUCCAAGGAGUGUGUGUA